AUGUCAACGUAUACGUCGACCUCAAUUAAUGAGUUCAAAGAAAUCUUGAAUUCUGAAGUGUAUAUCGACCUCGACAAACUCCGAGACUCUGCCCGUCAUGGAGUUCCUUUGGAAGUUCGUGGGGAAGUAUGGAAGUAUUUGCUUGGAGUUCAUCCGGCUGAUCGAUCGCAAGAAAUUACCAAUCUGAAAGAAAAAUACGAGGAAUAUCUCGCAAUAGAAAAAGAAAACACCGAGAUCAUGAAACGUGUUCGCGGAGAAAUUGGCAGAUAUCAGCAUAAAAUUAAGAAUCAGAUCGAUAACAAAGAUUACACGAACAUGCUUGAGAAUGUAAUCAGUGCAUACAUGAAUCACAACCGAGAAGCCGAUUAUUAUCCAGCACUAGUACAUCUUUGUGGACCAUUUGUAAACUGUAUAAGAAAUGAAGCCGAGGUAUACUAUUGUUUUGAGCGACUUAUGAACAUUCUGGAUGAAUACCAGUCGGUUCAUACAAUCAACGAACGAGUAGUAAACUUUAUGACCCUAUUUCGAGCCGUUCUUCCAGACUUAUAUAGCUCUUUUGAAGAUGAGGAAGUCGACUUGAAUGAAUGGGCGACCUCCUGGCUGCAGUUUCUACUGGCGAAGGAACUUCCUUUAGAAGGUCUAAUGCGUCUAUGGGAUACAUAUUUUUCAAUCGAUGAUCCCAUUGAUUUCCAUCCAUAUGUAUGUUUAGCGGUGUUGAAACAUUGCAGAGAAAGUCUUGAAGAAUUAGAACAAUCAGAGAUACGAACACUGCUAUUGCGCUUACCAGCGUUGGAGAUGGGCCAGAUUAUCAAUCAGGCAUCCAACAUAAGACACGAAAUUUUAGAACGCCAAAUAUCAGAUUGA